AUGUCAUUAACAUGGCCCUGGCACUUUGCGCCGGCGUCUGCUCCUGGCAAGCAGCAGCGUCGCGAACUGCUGGAUUUCCGGGGAUAUGUUGCUCAAGUCUCCGUGUUGGUGGUGAUUUGCGUGAUACGCAUCUGCCAGACCUACUCUAAAGCCACUGCGGGUGCCGUGAAGCCACGGACCAGGCGCAGAGAGCAGUCCUGGUGGGAUCGACCGCCGUUUCCUGGGUGGACUGAGACGCGAAGGCAGUAUGCCAUCUGUUUGAUCUGGCUGGGAUGGCUGGUGGGUUUAUCCGCAUGGAAGACUGGCGAUGACUACCUCCAUCUGACCAAGGCCCUGGGCCAAAUCGGCAUGUCCCAGCUACCGAUGCAGGUCCUCCUCUCGCCAGCAUUAUAUCUCUCGACUUCUAAACCGGGCGCUCCCUCGAUCAUCUCAUCACUGACCUCCCUCCCGCAACCAUUUCUAAACCCCUACCACCGUCUCUGCGGACGACUCGUUUUCGCCCCGCUCCUCCUGGGCCAUGCUAUCCUAUACUUUGGGUUCUUCCUACAAUCAUCGUCUCCUCGUCCGGAGUUUAGUUCAUUACUAGCUAAGCGCCUGCGGGAUCCAGACGUUCAAUGGGGAAUUGGUGCAGUGUGGUCGGUGGUUCUGGUGACAUUCGUGUUGACGAGACCGUUUGGAGGACGAGGACUGAGUAUAUGGCCGACGGGGGCAUCGGCGAAGGACAAGCGACAACGGUUUUACAUCGCACAUGUGGUACUGGUGGGAGUGUUUUGUCUGGCGGCAUAUGCCCAUGUGGCACAGGCACAGACCUUUGUGCUUGAGACAGUGGGUUGUUUCGCGAUAAAUGUGAUGUGGUCGCUUUGGUGUUGUUAA